CUGGGUAACAAAAAAAAUUCAAUUGGAAAGAGGCUGAAGCCGAAAAUGUAGCCAUAAUCGAGUGUUAAAUUAACUACUAUAUCACUUUUUGUUUGAAAUCUUUGGUAUUUGAAUUUACCUUAAUAGCAUGGCUCCCCCUAAAUCAAGAAAAAUCGCGGUUAUGGGUUUCCGAUCAGUUGGAAAGUCAUCCUUGACGAUACAGUUUGUCGAAGGACAGUUUGUGGAUUCAUACGACCCAACCAUAGAAAACACCUUCACUAAAAAUAUCAAGUACAAGGGGCAAGAAUUCUUCCUUGAACUUGUUGACACAGCAGGCCAGGAUGAGUACUCCAUAUUUCCCCAGUCCUAUUCCAUGGGAAUCCAUGGCUAUAUUCUAGUGUAUGCUGUCACUUCCGCCAAGAGCUUUGAGGUAGUCAAGGUUAUUCAUGAGAAACUCUUAGAUAUGACAGGACAAAACUACGUUCCAAUGGUGUUAGUAGGGAACAAAACUGACUUGCACAUGGAAAGAGUUGUCAGUACAGAGUCCGGUCAAAGCACUGCUAAUUCCUGGAAGGCUGCAUUCUUUGAGGCCUCAGCCAAAGAAAAUUCUUCAGUGCACGAGAUAUUCCAGGCCAUGCUAUAUGAGAUUGACAAGCAUCAGAAUGGAUCUACAGAGAAAAAAGAAGACUGUACUAUAUUAUGAGUGACAUUGCUGGAUAAACUAUAGGGGUAGUUUUAGCUUUUUAUUGUGAAUAUGUGCUGUUUCUACAUCUUACAGUAUAACUUAAUGAACUAUGUAAAAUAUACAUUUAAUCAAUAAUUGUAGUAAGGGAAAGUUUUAUGUUUUGUGACUGUUGUGAAGCAUUUCUAUAAAAAAACAACUAAUGGAUUUUUCUAUAGCAUGUUUAAGAUCUUACAAAAUCAUAAACUGGGAGUUUUCACAUUUUAUAAUUGACAAAAUUGACAAAAUUAUACAUCAAAAUGACACAUCUCAAUAUCUCAACAAUUAUUUUUGAAGAGAGAUCAUAUUGAAAUAGCAAAGAACCACAUUGAAUUUGAAUGUAAGUGAAUUUUUUCCGUAAUUAGUCCAGUCCCUCCGAUUACUAGCUAGGUAGAGUUUUUUUUAUUGGUUAGCUACAAAUAUUCUUAAUGCCUGCACUCACCUCUCUUAAAUAUGUUUUCAUGGAAUUUCUUGUAAACAGGAUUAAUUUUUUUGACUUGCAACUGCUGUAUUAUAGGGCCCUGAUGUAUUAUCUUUAUUACUCACGGCUACUAGCAUCUGCCUGAUAUUUUUGUACUUUAAGAUAUUUAUGCAGUAGGGGAACAGUAAUUAUUCAUAAUCAAUACAACAUUAGUAGUGUUUAAGGGGGGGACUAGUACUUUUGUCGAGAGGUGUAGCAAAUGGGCCCCUGAGAUUUCAAGGAAAUUGCAAAGUUGUCGCUUUAAUGUUUUUUUUUUUAAGAGACAAAUGCUUGAUUCAUUUUUUUUUUAAAUGCUCAUCCCUUGCAGAUGUCAAUAAGGCAAAGUGUUUGUGCUCGCUAAAAUAAUGCAGUGAUUGUAUGCUUGCCCUGUCAUGGUACGUAUGUGUCAUCCAGGUUUUCUUACAGUAUACACUACUAUCUUAUAAACACAUUGACAAAAUAAUAUCCCACUCUGAAACAUUAUGCGCUUUUGUAAAUACAGACAAAAGUCAGACACAAACAGUAGAAUAUAGGAGUGAUGAGAUCAAGGUUUAUAUAAAAAUCAAAUGAUUCAACUGUUUAUAGUUAUAAAAGAAAAAUUCCUUCCCUGUAAA